AUUUCCAGUAGUUCAAAAUACUAGAGAAAAACAAAAAGAGAGGCAACAAUGGAUUGACCCUGCAUCUGCAAAUUAUUUCUUAUUACAACAUAUUGAUGGUGAUCAUUAUAAAAAUACUCGAAUAUCAAGUCAACUCUGAAUGAUCAUGAUAUAUGCAUGCUUAGGUUUAACAAGUCAUUCUUAUCUUGUUAGCUGAUUAAAUUACACCUUUAGCUGCGUCGUUCAACUCUCACCGGUCUUCGACAAAUGUAAGUAUCAAUCCAUUGUCCCCUCUUUUCAUUUAUCUCAAGCAUUUCAAAUUAUUGAUUGUAUUGUGAUAAUCCUUGACCAAUAUAAUUAUUGAUCUUACAUCGUACGUCUUAGAAUGAUUUGAAUCUGAACGGUGCAGUCUUGGUUAGCAAGUUAAGGGAUGGGGUGUGCUUUCACGAAGCACUUGAGCUGGCGGUCUGGCAAGAGAGAGACGCGUAUACUAGUUGAUGUUGGCAAGAGAAAGAUGCGUAUAUUAAUGAUUGGUAUCAAUGAUGCCGGUAAAACAACCAUUCUUUACAAACUCAAACUCGGUGAAAUUGUCACCACCAUUCCCACUGUGGGAUUCAAUAUGGAGACUGUGGAAUAUAAUAACAUUAACUUCAGUCUUUGGGAUGUUGGAGGCCAGGAAAAGAUUCGUCCACUGUGGAGGCACUUUUACGCGGACACUAAAGGCAUAAUCUUUGUUGUUGACAGCAGCAAUCGAGACCGUAUUGUCGAAGCAAGGAAUGAACUGCACAAGAUGUUGACAGAUGAUGAAUUGAGGGAUGCUGUUGUAUUGGUGUUUGCGAACAAGCAAGAUCUUCCAAAUGCUAUGAACGAUGCUGAAAUAACCGACAAGUUGGCCCUUGGUUCCCUUGGCGAGCGCCAUUGGCAUGUUCAGAGCACAUGUGCAACUUCUGGUGAAGGGCUGCACGAGGGGUUAGACUGGCUCUCAAACAACGUUAUAUUGAAAACAAGGCUUCAAUCCGAAUCCUUCAGUCCGAGGUGACAUUGCACUCUGUAUAUGUCUUUUAUGUUAUUUUAAUGUGUGCUUUUGUGGCUUAUAGUUUCUUUGAAACAAUGUGUUGUGUCCUAAACCCUUUGCUUCAGUCAAGAACCCUGGCCAUCUUAUUAACUACUUCUAUCAACUUAAUAAAUGGAUUUGUUGAUGAUGAUUUUGUAUUGGGGACAAUUUGUACUCUUCUAAUAAUCACAUGGAAUUUAUUUGUUGGCCAUUAGCAAGCAACAUCUUCACUGCAUGUAUAAUUUCUUACACCAAUUUAAUACAGAGAGAACCUCUCAGCGUAUAAUAAAGAGGUGAUUUCA